GCUCAUGUCCUCCAGGGCUACUGCUGGUCCUGGGCGCCGCCGGCCACCGCUACCCCCCGGGGGCAUACCCGCCCUACCCGCACUUCCCGCCGGGGGGCCCGGGGGGGCCGGGGGUGGCGCUGCACCAGCCGCCGGGGCCGCCACCGGGGCCCGGCCGAGGCCCGCCGGUCAUGUUCCCGCUGCGGGACCAGUCGCACGAGCACCCGUCGCUUCUGCCCCCGCCGCCCGAGCCCGGCGCCGCCGGCGGGCAGCCGCCGCCCCCGCAGCCGCCGCCCCCGCUGCCCCCGAGCCUCGCGGGCGGCUCGCCCAACCGCCCCUCGCUGCCGCACCGGCCGCCGCACUGGCCAGCCAUGGUGGGCUACCAGCGGCCCAUGGACGACAUGGUGGACAUCACCAACGAGCUGGGCGUAUCCGUCCUGCAGGACUACGCCUACUCCAGGGGCAACUUCGCUUUCUCGCCGUACGGCGUGGUGAGCGUGCUGGUGGUGCUGUACGAGGGCGCCCGCGGGGAGACGGCCCGCCAGGUGCACACGACCCUCAAGCUGCCCUGGGACCGCGACGUGCUCCGCGUCGGCUUCAGGGACGUCCACCGCAACCUCAAGAGCUACUUCAGCCACGAGGGCUACCUGAGCGGCGUCACUCUCAGCCAGUCCCGGACCGCGCUCAUCCCCGAGUUCCGCCGGGUGCUUCGCUUCUACGGCUACGACGUGGACAUGCCGGCCGUCCCGGACGCCAUCACCACCGCCAACGCCUCCGCCGUGCUGUCCUCGCCGCAGAUCACAAGCAGCAACAAGCGGCCCACGGUGGCGGCGGGCGUUAGCACGGCCAGCCCAAGCACAAGCACCACAGACGUGCCAACAACGCCAGCGCCCGUGUCCACGACCAGCUCCACGACCCCCACGCCAAACCCGUCCUCGACGGCCGCCACGAGUCUCGUCGGAGCAACUGCCUCGCAGACGGAGGGCGGCGGCAGUGGUGGCGGUGGAGGCGGUGGAGGCGGCAGUGGAGGCGGCGGAGGCGGUGGCGGUAGCGGUGGAGGUGGUAGCGGCGGCGGCGACGGUGGCGGCGGCGGUGGCAGCGGCGGCCCGGCGUCUCCACAGAGCGAUGCUACGACCCCUGCGAGCGAGGCCACAACCCCUGCGAGCGAAGCCACGACGACGACAUCGGCGUCGUCCAGCCCGGCGCCCACGACGGAGGCCGGCAGCACGGCCGCGACCGCGGCGCCCUCGGCCUCGACCACCCCGGCUGGCGGUGUGCAGGUUGCCGAGAACGAGGUCGAGCAGGAGGUCGAGAGGAUAGGCGGCACCGACUCUCCCCUCAGCCUGCUCAACCCCAGCCUGCUGCAACAGAAGUUCCCCGGCAUCCUGAUGGGCUCCAAGCUGCAGGAGCAGCUCAACUCUCUCUUCCCGGAGGGGCUGCCCGAGUCGCGGGUGGACGACGUGGAGGACACGGAGGCGCCCGCGAGCCCGACAUCCACUCCAGCAUCAGCCACGGCCACGCCGGCAGCCACGAAUACCGAGCCCUAUCUGCCGCCUGAUAGCGAGUCCAGUACCCUGCAGCAAGCCGAGGAGGUCGACCCGGAGCCCAGCGACGAGAGCACGGUGGCCCCCGAGACCACGGCCGAGUGGACGACGGAACAACUCGACCAGGAAACGGUGACGGCGGCGGGCGCGGGCAGCACGGACACGCCAGUGCCAGAGACCACGGCCGCGACAGAGCCGACAGAGCUCGCCGAGGUGACAACUGUCUCGGAGGAGCUGAGCAGCGCUCUCGACACCGACUCGGAAACCACCACCACAACCACCACGGCCGCCGCCGCCGAAGACGUCGACACGACGACGCCGAUGGCGUCGACCACGCCGCCGCCGCCGCCUAGCCAGCAGCCCAGCGGCGACAGCGCGGCCGCGGCGGUGCGGAGGAGGGCGCGCGUCCCCGGCCCAGCCUUGUCCUUCUGGACGGGCUUGGAGGCGGCCUCGGCGCACAACGACUCCAGGCCCGCGUCCGGGACGGGCUCUGGGCGGCGGCGGCGGCGCAGGGACGUGAACGCAGGCGGCUUCCCGGACCUCAGCCUGCAGCUGCAGAACGGCAUGUUCGACAGCCACGUGGCCACGGGCGACGAGCUGUUCACCCAGCUGCCGCGCCGGCCCUUCCUGGUGGACGGCGCCUUCGAGGAGCCCGUGCCCGUCAUGGAGUACACCGCCUCCUUCCCCUUCGCGUACAUCGCCCGCUUGCACGCGCUCGCCCUCGAGUUCCCCCUGGACGACGAGCGCUACAAGCUGCUGCUUCUGCUCCCAGUGGAGCGCCAGGGCUUGCGCCAGCUGCUGCAGGGCCUGAACAGGGUGCCGCUGCGCGAGGUGCAGCGCGCGCUCAGGCCCACCCGCGUGCAGGCAGUCGUGCCCGCCUUCAUGGUGGAGGGCUUCGUCAUCCUGACGCCCACCCUCCAGCAGCUCGGAAUAUGGGAUCUGUUUGAUCCUCGGAGGGCCGAUCUGUCGGGGAUGACGGAUGAUCCCGAUCUGUACGUGAGGAACAUCGAACAGGCCGUCACCGUAGUGGUAAAGAACUACGUGGAGAUACUGGACAUCCAGACUCGUACAACAGCGGCCCGCUCUCGGCUCGACCAGUUCAUCGCAACCCAUCCAUUCCUGUACUUUGUGAUGGAUUCUGAAACGCAGGUGUCGCUCAUGGCAGGAAAAGUUGUGGAUCCACUAAACUCAAGAAUCUACUGAUUCUAGAUAAGAAGACUGAAAUGUACCUGUGCUGUGUAGAAAGAUAUAGAAUGAACCUAUAAUGUUAAAGUAGAGUAUCGAAUCUAUUUAUGUAUGAAAAGUCGAGACAUGUGUAAACAAAGGUUAUCCAUGCUCCUGGAAAAGUAACAAGAAUACUUAAGACAUUUUCCCGAGCAUCGAAAACUAAAGAACCAGUAAAGUAGUAAAGUUCCUCAUGUCGCUCCAUAGGGAACGAAUGAUAACUUCACUGCCACUGCAACCAACGGCAUCAACUGCAAUUCGCGGCCUGCGUGUCAACCAACCAGUUAAUUCUGGACCCCGGCGAAUAUAUAUGUAACUUGUCAACUGUGCCAAUAAACAAUCAGAAAUCAUCA